AUUGAAUUUAAAAUAAAUUCAAAUGAAUCACUACAAUUAUAUCAAUUAUAUUCAAAUAUUUUAAUGAAUACAAGUCGAGAUAAUGAUGCCAAUGAUAGUAAUAAUAAUGUAAAAGAAGUGAAUACCUACUUAGACAGUCAUUAUAAUCAAUUAAUCAAGAUAACUAAUCAAUUAAUCAAUUAUGAAAUAUCGAACCCCUUAUUAAUUUCCGAUUUAAUGGAUGAAUUAAUAAUCUUGGAAAGUGAGUAUCAAAUGCAUAAUGCUUCUGAAGGUAUAUUUUCUAGGAAAAAGAAUACUUUGCAGACGGGUGCCGUUGAUGACUCCACUUAUAUUCAAACAGCACAAUUAGCUUUAAUACGUAUAAUACCAAUAGGAAGCAUAAUGAAUAUAACUUGUAAAAGUAAUAUCCUAAACACACAUCGAACUGGUGAUAAUAUUGAUUUACGUGUACAUUAUGAUUCAAAAUUAUGGAAAUUCGUCUCUGGAUCAAUAAUUCAAUCAAACUCACUUUAUAAUAUAAAUAAAUUGAAAACUAUUCAAUUAACUUUAAAAGCUAUUUUAGAAACAUGGAAAGAUUAUUAUGAUUAUAAUUCAUCAAUUUUGAUUAAUACACCUCAUGUGAAUGAUUACACGACUAGUUUACUGUGCGAAAUGUAUGACAAUAAUCAACUUAACAGCCAAUUGAACCUAAUCAAUCCGAUCGAAUUCAAUAAUCAGGAUUAUGUACAUUUUGCUAUAGUACCUAAAGAAAUAUAUCAAUCUCUUGUAGAAAGGCAACAGAAUAAAUACGAUCUAUUAUUUGGUAAUGCAAAUGUUAGAAAAUAUUAUUCUCAGUACUUUACAAAGCAAAAACAUCCGAUCAUCCGACGAAAUCAGUCAAUAGGUAGUCAAAAUGUCCUUGGUCAUUACAGUUAUGACAAUCAUCUUGGUAUUUCAGUUAGCAAUGAUCACGGCCUAUGGAGUGUACAUAUGCUGCGGUUAUCAACAAUGAAAUUCACUGUGAUUAUUUGUUCUCUUGUUGUAGUCGCCUCACUUAUAUUGUUUAUCAUAAGAGAAAUAAUAAAAAUACGUAGACUGCAUAAUAUUCACCAGGACAGUAGAACUUCAUCAGCUUUGUCGAUAUUAAGAAGGAGUAGAGUAACAGAAUCAACAACGCCUGCAGCGGGCGAAAUGAACCGUAGUCGACCUUUUCCCCCACCACUGCCACCACCACCUAGAUGUUCAAGCGUAGAUAUUUAUGAUAUUUUCAGAAAUUGGUUAUAUCCUUCACUUGCAAAUACUCCACAUGGAACAGGCGAUGAAACAGUCAGACACCCAGGUAUGCCAAACAGACAAAGACGUAAUGCACAGUCGACAACAAACUCCUCUAGUCAUCUAAUCAAUGCAGAAACACCGAGUGCAUCGAAUCCAUUGAAUGGUGGUAAUGGUAAUAGUAGCAGCAGUAGCAGUGGUAAUUACCCACAGCAACAGUCACUGUCAACACCUGUCCAACCGCAUCGACCAAAUCAUACUGAAGAGAAUGGAAGAAGUGUAGUAAAUCAGAUGAAACAAACAGAUCAGGCGACAAGAAUGCCGACAACAGACUUCCAUGAUUUACCACCAUCUUAUGAAUUAGUUGAAAAGUUGAAACAACUAAAAGACACCCAAAACUAAGCGUUUGUUCGCUUGUGCUUGGGCACGCUUUAGUGUGCACAUACGCUGCUGUGUAUGCUUGUGUGUGUGUGUGUGUUUUCUAUUUACAUAGAAUUCAUAUCGAAAUCUAUCCUCCGAUCAGUUUGUUUUCUUUUAUCUCUGCUUGAAAUAUUUUCUAGUCUGUCACUUUUAUCUUCUUGUGUAGGAACAUUCUGAGAUUUAUUCAGGAAAUAAAAAUAUGCAGAUGUGUGCUCUACUAGCCAACCUCCCCCGGCAAAAA